AAAAUAAAACAUAAUUUACAUUGCAUGUUUAUGUGACUAUUCAGUAUAUAGUACAAAAAGCAUGCCUUUCUGGCAGUGGUACCACUUUUCUACAGCUCAUACCACCACAAGGCACAUUUCUCUGAUGCUGAAUAGUUUUUUUCUGCCCUCUCUGAGUUCUAGAGGCAUAAGCGAUAACAACUUUUUCAUUAUCAAUCUUUUCUGUUCUGUUGCACUGGCAUUAGUUUGGACCUGAAAUGGAUGUCCAUGCACAAAGAACAUUUUUAUCUGCAAAUGAUAAAAGGGGACAGCAAGCUCAGCAAAAUGUAGAACUUUUGUAGAAUCGGAUAGUUGGUAAAAGCAGGCGUCUUUCCUGAAUCCAUUUCCACCAAAAUCGGUUUCACUAUUUUAGGACCCUGGAUCAUAUUUUAGGUUGUUACUCUACUUCUGUAAGAUAGUCACAAAAAGCAAGUAUGUAGUAAUCAUAGACACUUUAAGACAAUUAAAGGAGGAUUUCUGAAACAGAGUACAGGCACAAAGGAUGUACAUAUUCCCUGAUUAUCUUUUACAACUCCACAAGUAUGCCACCUACAGAGUUGCUAUGGAAGUUUUUGGUGAGACUAGAACUUCUUUUACUCUAUUUAUAAUCAGACUCCUUUUGAGGUUGAUAGAUUGCUGUUAGAUUUUCACAAAAAUGAAUAGAUAAAAAAGGAAACUCCACCUCUCCAGCCUCAUAAAUAACCUUGUUCCUGAUCUUUGCUGUAAGACGACGGCAGCAGUGAACACUAUGAUUAACACCAAACUGAAUGACGCACUAAGGACAAGGAUGUUAAGACUUCAUCUCACUUUAAUGCUUGCCAGUGUUCAUAUAGCAUCAAUGCUAACUGAUGGUGCUAACAUACGACUCGCUGGUGGCAGUAACUCGUGCUCUGGAAGAGUGGAGAUCCUGUAUAAUGGCCAGUGGGGAACUGUGUGUGAUGAUUACUGGGAAAUUAUGGAUGCAGAGGUGGUGUGUAGACAGAUUGGAUGUGGUAAAGCCAUCCACGCAACUUUCGGUGCAAACUUUGGUCAGGGAAGUGGCCCAAUAUGGCUGGACGAUGUUCAGUGUUCUGGAAAUGAAAGUGUUAUCACACAGUGCUCUCAUGAUGGAUUUGGAAAACAGAACUGUGGCCAUAGUGAAGAUGCUGGUGUUAUUUGCUCAGGGGGUGUAAGCCAGUGAUGUCUGUGCUGGUCCCAAGCCCAGAUAAAUAUAGAGUUUCUAUUGACCUCAUGAGCAUCCGGUGUUAAACAUUCUAGAUUUUAACAUGCAAGUCCCAGGUUAACAACGACAGCCACGGAAAGGUGCCGGCAGAAAUUGGACUACUGUCGGUCGAGGAAGGGGAGGAGGGAAAGGGGUUUGUAGACAAAGAGAAAAGUAAAGGCAGGAAUGGAGGUCUGAGAAUAGGGACCGUUAAUCUUGGUACAAUGACAUGGAAAAGUAGAGAGCUGGUGGACAUGAUGGAGAGAAGGAAGGUAGAUAUACCAUGUGUGCAGGAGACCAGGUCAAGUGGGAGCACGGUUCGUAGUAUUGGAGGUGGAUACAAACUGUUUUAUCAUGGUAUGAGGUAGGAGAAAAGGAAGAGAAAUGGGGUAUACUUGAUGAGAUUUUUCUCCUGGCUGCAAAUCUCCCCUAAGUUGGUUGUCUCAUCAUUGUCAGAGAUCAGGCCUAUCACAACUGCUCACUGCUCACAUUGUAGGAUGCAGCCAUGUUUUCAUCCUGUUACCUGUUUGAGCUCUGUGUUUUAGGUAGCAGAUCACUGCGGAUUGUUUUAUACACCCAUGUGUUGUGGGUGGGAAGCGUUCUGAUGGUGGUUUUGUGAUCUGUAUUGUCUGCUAGUUUCCGAUGAAUACCACAACCCAUUUUGUAAAUAUUUUUACGUUAUCAGAGCUGUACCAGAACAUGUAGACCAGUGUGUGACCUCCCUAUGAAUUGGAGCUUCCUGAUUUGGCCAUUUUUUUAUUUUAUGAAGGAGAAAGAUGGUGGCAUAGUCCAAUUUAAAACAGUGUGCUCACCCUAUAUGACCCUAUACUUUUGCAUAAUUCUUGACUUGACCACAGUUGUAAUCUGUCUUUUGGUGGGGCAGGUGAGGUGCUGCUUUAGCAUUGCUUUUGAGGUUGGCACUGUUGCAACAAUGAGCACAGCAUUAUGAUGCUGCAACACUCAAUCGCCCUUUGAAUUCCCCAGUACAUUGCAAAAUAAUUCAGGCCAAACCUGAGUUGUAAAACUCUUCUUUUUUUAAAUAUAUUAACUCAGACCGAGAGAUCAGGCUGGUGAAUGGUCCGAGUAAAUGUUGUGGUCGAGUGGAGAUCCAGCACAGAGCGCAGUGGGGAACAGUGUGUGAUGAUAACUGGGACUUAAAGGAUGCAGAGGUGGUUUGUAGACAGCUUGGAUGUGGUAAAGUCACCAGCGCUCCUCGAAAGUCCCACUUUGGUCAGGGAAGUGAACCAACCUGGUUGGGUAAUGUUCAGUGUAAAGGAACUGAGAGCUACAUAGAUCAGUGUUCAC